ACUAAUAUCGUGUUAGUAUCCUGCAUUGCCUAUUUGCCUGCCACUUUUCUAAUUUUUUGAACUAGAAAUUAUUUCAUUAACAUUUUCUCUAUUAAAAUAGAGAGAUCUAAAUGACAGAGAAACCCUCAUUUCUGAACAUGAGUAUAAAAGGAAAACUUGUCAGUCUGCUGCUGUUUUUAAUGUUGUCAACUCGAUUAUAGGAUCUGGUAUAAUAGGAUUGCCUUAUUCAAUGAAGCAAGCUGGGUUUCCUUUGGGAAUAUUGCUUUUAUUCUGGGUUUCAUAUAUUUCAGAUUUUUCCCUUGUUUUAUUGAUAAAAGGAGGGGCACUCUCUGGAACAGAUACCUACCAGUCUUUGGUCAAUAAAACCUUUGGAUUUCCAGGAUAUCUCCUCCUCUCAGUUCUUCAGUUUUUGUAUCCUUUUAUAGCCAUGAUAAGUUACAACAUAAUAGCUGGAGAUACUUUGAGCAAAGUUUUUCAAAGAAUCCCAGGCGUUGAUCCUGAAAACUUGUUUGUUGGUCGCCACUUCAUAAUUAUGAUUUCCACGAUUACCUUUACUCUGCCUUUAUCCUUGUACCGAGAUAUAGCAAAACUUGGAAAGAUCUCCCUUAUUUCUACAGUUUUGACAGCUCUGAUUCUUGGAAUUGUAAUAACAAGGAUGGUUUCAUUGGGUCCAUACGUACCAAAAACAGACGAUGCCUGGGUAUUUGCAAAGCCUAAUGCCAUUCAGGCUGUUGGGGUUAUGUCUUUUGCAUUUAUUUGCCACCAUAACUCCUUCUUAGUUUACAGUUCUUUAGAAGAACCCACAGUAGCUAAGUGGUCCCGCAUCAUCCAUAUAUCCAUCGUGGUUUCCAUGUUUAUCUGUAUACUCUUUGCUACAUGUGGAUACCUGACAUUUACUGGCUUCACCCAAGGAGACUUAUUUGAAAAUUAUUGCAGAAGUGAUAACCUGGUAACAUUUGGGAGGUGUUGUUAUGGCGUCACUGUCCUGUUGACGUAUCCGAUGGAAUGUUUUGUGACUAGAGAGGUAAUUGCCAACGUGUUUUUUGGUGGAAAUCUUUCAUCAGUUUUCCACGUGGUUAUAACUGUGGUUAUCAUUACUAUAGCCAUGCUUGUGUCAUUGCUGAUUGACUGCCUUGGAAUAGUUUUGGAACUCAAUGGUGUGCUCUGUGCAGCUCCCCUAAUUUUUAUCAUUCCAUCGGCUUGUUAUCUGAAACUGUCCGAAGAACCGAGGACACACUCAGAUAAGAUUAUAUCCUGUGUCAUGCUUCCCAUUGGUGCCGUGGUGAUGGUUUUUGGAUUCGUCAUGGCUAUCAUAAAUCCUCAAGACUGCACCCACGGCCAGGAAAUGUUCUACUGCUUUCCUGACAAUUUCUCCCUCACAAAUAUCUCAGAUUCUCAUUUUCAACUGACGACGCAACUUUCAAUUUUAAAUAUCAGUAUCUUUCGAUGAGUUGACUGCUUUGGAAAAUGUAUGUUUUCUUAGUCUUCUACACUACAUAAUAACAUUUACACGUUUUAGCCUCUAUUUAUAUUAUAAAAUUAUCAUUUUGGCAUUUA